UGGAACAACCGCAAAGCUAUCGCCGCCAUACCGUAUACCAAAGUACAACUUAACAUCCAGCCCGAACCAAGACCGGGCCCCGGUAUGAGCCAAAGGCGAACUCUAUGCUUCGCAUGAGGGGCACAUAUGGGCUCAAUCUAGAAGGCUGCAUCUUCAUUUGCACCGUUCGAAUCAUUGCUUGGAUCAUCAAGCAGCCACGCAUUCGAGGAGCACAACCUUGAAAGCCUCUUGACGGCAAUUGGCUUCGCGAGAGGACAUCUGAGCAAUGAGCCAAUGAUGGCUUAUCUCACCGCAUAUGGUCCGGUGUUCGCCCCGCCUUGUAUCCUGCAGUUCAGCUGAACGGCCGCAGCAUGAUAACAAGAGCUCUCUGUCUGUCUUCAUAUCCCCGCCUGCUUCUUCGCCCUUCCCUCACAAGGAAUCAUUCUUGGAUAUUCAGCGUCAUUCCUACCCCAGAGCUAUCUAGUCUCCCCCCUCGACUGUGUCUAUCACAGCUCCGAGAUGGAUACUGCACUUUCUCCAGCCUUGCGCGUCGUUUGCGCACUCCUCUUCCUGCUCAGCCUGGUCGAAGGUUCGAACAACACUACAGUCUCAGAAAGCGGGAUCACGACGUAUACAGGAUGGCACAAAGGCCCAGCUGAGCGCGGUACGGUGACAAUCCUUUGGAGUUGCCUAACUACCGUAUUCGCCUGUACUUGGACCGUCCUUCACCUUAACGUUCCUUACGUUUCCGACCGUACAUCGACGAAGUUCUGGCGGAAGACGAAAUGGAUGGCAGUUACAGUCAUCUUCCCAGAGUUCAUAUUCGCAAAAGCUGUUUGUGAGCUACAAAUGGCCAUCGAAGACCUGCACAAACUUAAACAACAGGAAGUAGCCUUCGGGUGGAAGGUGGAGUACGGUCGUGGCUGCCGAUUACUAUAUCGGAUAUACCAUCCCCACAAAACGUCAUUGUCGCGGCCACCAUCUGAAUUACUGUCAUGGAGCAAAACGUGGACUCUGACACAUUCUUAUUUCGCCAACAUGGGUGGUAUAGUCGGAGACCCCGGAUCGAAUCGGUACGCGUUGGUCACGGCGCAUGCCUUGGUAGAAUGCUGUGUUCCCCGGAAACACAAGCCUCUCGGUAACCUUCGUCUCACCAAGGAAGACAUUCUGGACAAGUCAAAAGCAGACGACCUUUUAAAGACGGUUGCAGCACUCCAAAUCUUGUGGUUGAUCGUCUCCGUCAUAACGCGAAAGGUGUAUGACUUACCAAUCAGCCUGCUGGAAGUCUGCACUGUAGCAUUUGCUACCCUUUCUAUAACUACUUACGUAGCGAAUUUGGCGAAACCAAAAGAUGUUGAUGUACCCGUCGUUUUGUACGACAGCGUCACUCAUAGCAACGACAUGAAUCUUCUUGACCUCUGCGGCGACUCCUUCUUCAAACAGAUUUCUAGGCCGACCGAACAACAUGGUGCCUCACCUAAGAAGCCUCGCAUCAAAAACGACAUGCUGAGACUUCAAGCGCAUGGGACCCAACAUGUCACAUUGAUGUACGCACUGGCAGUGUCUACAAUGUGUUUUGGAGCCAUUCACUGUGCUGCCUGGCAGAAUUACUUCCCAAGUGAAGUUGAAAUGACUCUUUGGCAAGUUGCAAGUGUGCUGUCAUCGACAUUGCCUCUGAUCACCUUGCUCACAUUGAUUAUUUCCAAUCACAUGCUGGGGAUCACAGCCCACAAAGUCAUCGCCACUAUGGAAUCUUUCGUGGAAUUCCCAGUGAAAGAUGCUAGCAGGCCGACCCAAAAGCCUGAACGCGGCACAAAUGUGACAUGUGUGAGGCUCGCGUGGAUCGUCGGAGAUCUUUGGGUGGAAAAGAAACUUGGGGCCCCUCAUCUUCUCAGCCUCGAAAAGUCCAUACGAGCUCUCAUCGAGGUGGGAAAUAGGGUGGGAAAGGGCGAAGCAUCCCGGUCUUGGUGCACAAACUAUCUCUUUUAUUGGGACCAAUUAAGCCAGUUCAGUUCGGACACCGUAUACGAAUUGGUCAAUAAUCCAGAGGAUGUCUCGAACUUUAGAGCGGUGAGCUAUGAUACACAGAUCAAGAGGUCGGAUUUGUCCUCCGAAGAGGCGAUGCAGCUAAUUCUUGAAACUAUCAACAACCCACCCGAAACAUCACAAAAGCUUUACGAAGAAUGGAGACCCUUAAAUCAAGGAGUGAACCGCGUGUCCAGCAUCCUAGCAUGGCUCACAGGGUUUCUAUACGCUGCAGCACGCCUCGCCCUCCUCGCCAUAGCUUUUGCAGCCUUCCGCAAGCAAGAUGAAGGGUUAUACGUAGACACAUGGGCACGCUUUCUACCCAGUAUCGGGUGAACCAUUCGCAGGCAAACUCCACACCACAACAACCAGCAUGGCCUAACACAACACUCUAUACCACGCAUACAGCAUCGCAUGCUUUCGAAGACUACCCGCCACACCCGUCUUGGAAACGGCAGAUACGCAAUUACAUCGCUCGGGUCGUCUCUAAGGUUCCGUUACUGAAUACACUGAUGUCACUCCAGCACAUCUGUCCACCCCAGGGCUACGCCCAGUAGAUCGGGGACUUGACUCACUCCCAAUCAGCACAAUCAUUAGUCUUUUCGGACAACAUUCACUUCCAACCAUCGUAGCUCAAGUAUUCCACAUGCAGAAGGAACAAUAGUAGU